UUUUGUCUAAGAUAGUUCUGCAAAGAUGCUGUCUUCUUUGCUGUUGUCUUGUACUUGUUUCUUUGCUUUCCUCUCCCUCUCAUUCGGCAGAGGUGAAGCACAGCCUCACCAAUUAGAAUAUGCGUCUUACCAUCCACAUUUGUUUACCCACCGUGAACUACCCGCUAGCAGAUGGUAUUCUCAAUUUCGCAAUGUCCCUUCAACGAUCCGACGGCCAACCAGAUAUCGUCAAAGAGUGAAGCCAUUCUACGCCGACGGUCCCGGUGUUGAUUAUCUCAUCUAUUAUGAACCGUCACCAUAUGCUGAUGUAUUUCGUUCUACCGAACUGCAGCCGAUUGAUGAGCAGCUAUUUGGACAAGAACAGCAAUCGUACAACCCAUUGGCAGUGAGGGACAGCAUCUACAACGAACAGCCCAUUUUCAAAGGUGACUUGCCGCUCGUGAGAGGACACUUUGGGCCGUAUGCAGAUCAAAGGGAAGAUGUAAUCGAAUCCCGGCAAAAUCUCAGGCAUGAUCCUCGGUUAAUUUUAUCCAGGCUGCUCGGAUUCCGUUGGAAUGUUUUGCAACAAUUGCUGAGAGGGCCAACUGGCCCAGCAGGAGCUCAGGGUCCAAUCGGCCCUGCAGGAAAAGAUGGUGCAGCAGGUGCUAAAGGAUCGGAUGGCGCACAGGGUCCACCCGGUGAGCCUGGGGCUGCUGGUGAACCUGGGGCUGCUGGUGAACCUGGUGCUGAUGGUGCCGAUGGUCCCCCUGGUGCUGAUGGUGCUGCUGGUGAACCUGGAGCUGCUGGUCCUCCUGGUGAACCUGGUGUUGCUGGUCCUCCUGGUGUUGCUGGAGCUACUGGUCCUUCUGGUGCUGAUGGUGCUCCUGGUGCCGAUGGUGCUCCUGGUGCUGCUGGUGAACCUGGAGCUGCUGGUGCUGCUGGUGCUGCUGGUGAAUCUGGUCCUCCUGGUGAACCUGGUGUUGCUGGAGCUACUGGUCCAUCCGGUGCAGAUGGUCCUCCCGGUCCUCCUGGUCCUCCCGGUGCAGAUGGUCCUCCCGGUCCUCCCGGCACUGCCGGUCGUGCCGGUCCAACUGUUCCCUAA